AUGAACCGGGUGCAACGGGGCUUCGCGCAGAAUAUUGUGAGGGCGUAUCGGACCGCGUCCCUGAACUCGGUCCUAGCACUUACUUGGUUGCUUCCUCUGGACCUUCGAAUUCAUGAAGCGGCCCUUCUUUACGAAGUAAAAAAGGGCCAUACCCAGCAAGUGCUAGGAGAUUUGGAGCUGGAAAGACCGAUCCGGUACGCCCAGACUCUGCACCCCGCUCACCUGGAGGGGCAGCAGUUCGACUGUAAGGCGGACGGUGACGAAGGGACCCAGCGAGCUGUCGUCGAUGUAAAUAUUUACACCGAUGGCAGCAAAAUUGAAGGUAAGGUCGGCGCGGCGUUAUCCGUUUGGAAUAGCGCCGCGGAGAUUCUCUGCCGGAAAUUAAAGUUGGGAAACUUCUGCACCGUAUACCAGGCGGAACUGUUGGCCCUGCAUGAGGCAACUCUGUACGUGGUUAGAAGCGCGAGGUUCAGGUCGUUUGGUACUCAUUCCGAUUCCAGAUCCGCCCUCGAGACGGUUGCUAACGGAGAAUCCCUCCAUCCCCUGGCAGUGAAGGCAAGGGAGAAUAUUAGGAAAGGGAGUGAGCAAGGAAAGGAGAUAGGACUAUGUUAG